GAAAGAAGCAAAACCACAAAAGCAAAAGAAACUCUAAUAAUAACUUUGAAGGCAGCAGGCAGUCUGGCGCUUCAAUUUCAAUGGAAGCCUUAGCCUGGAGACCCCUGGGCCUCAGCAUUGGGCUCUGUAGCUCUCCAAGACUUUUAUUACUCCCACUACCACUCCCACCGCCUUACUCUUCAAAAUCCCACAACAAGCUCAGCCUCUCAACCACCUGCUCCGCCAGCAAAUGGGCCGACCGCCUCAUCGCCGACUUCCAAUUCCUCGCCGAACCUUCCUCUUCCUCCUCCUCCGACCAUUCUUCCUCCACCGCCACUCUUCUUCCUCCGCUGGCUCCUCCCGAGCGCCACGUGUCCAUCCCCAUCGACUUCUACCGUGUCCUCGGCGCCGAAACGCAUUUCCUCGGCGAUGGCAUUAGGCGCGCUUACGAAGCUAGGGUUUCCAAGCCUCCACAGUACGGUUUCACCGACGACGCCUUGAUUAGCCGCCGCCAAAUCCUCCAAGCCGCUUGCGAAACCCUCACGAACCCUUCUUCACGAAGAGACUACAAUCAAGGCCUCGGUGAAGAUCAUCUCGACACCAUUCUCACCCAAGUCCCCUGGGACAAGGUUCCUGGUGCUUUGUGCGUGUUGCAAGAGGCGGGAGAGACUGAGCUGGUUAUUCAAAUUGGAGAGAGUUUGCUUAGAGAGAGGCUGCCCAAAUCGUUCAAGCAAGAUGUUGUGUUGGUGUUGGCACUUGCUUAUGUCGACAUGUCGAGGGACGCAAUGGCAUUGUCUCCCCCGGAUUUUAUUCGGGGUUGUGAGGUCCUCGGGAGGGCUUUGAAGCUCUUGCAGGAAGAAGGGGCUAGUAGUCUUUCACCAGAUUUAGAAGCACAGAUUGAUGAGACAUUGGAAGAAAUUACCCCACGUUGUGUUCUGGAACUUCUAGCCCUACCCCUAGGUGAUGAAUACCGCUCAAGAAGGGAAGAGGGCCUCCUUGGUGUGCGUAACAUUUUGUGGGCUGUUGGGGGAGGAGGAGCUGCUGUUAUCGCUGGAGGGUUCACACGUGAGGAUUUCCUGAAUGAAGCGUUCUUGCGUAUGACAACAGCUGAGCAGGUCGAUUUAUAUGUAGCUACACCACCUACCGUGCCAGCAGAAUGUUUUGAAGUUUAUGGAGUGGCACUUGCACUUGUUGCACAAGCCUUUGUUGGUAAAAAACCUCAUCUGAUAAAAGAUGCUGAUAGCCUGUUCCAAAAACUUCAGCAAACUCAAGUAACAGCUCUUGAUAAUGCUGUCCUUGCUGAUACUCCCAGAGGAAACCUUGAGGUAGACUUUGCAUUGGAGAGGGGCCUUUGUUCACUACUUGUAGGGGAGCUUGAUGAGUGUCGCUCAUGGUUGGGCUUAGAUAGUGAUGAUUCACCUUUCAGAAAUCCAUCUGUUGUAGAAUUUAUCUUGGAGAACUCAAAGGAUGAUUAUGACAAGGAUCUUCCUGGGCUUUGUAAACUGUUGGAGACAUGGUUGAUGGAGGUGGUUUUUCCCAGAUUUAGAGAUACUAAAAAUAUAUGGUUCAAGCUUGGGGAUUACUAUGAUGAUCCUAAAGUCCUAAGGUAUUUAGAACGGCUGGAGGGAGUUGGUGGUUCACCCUUAGCUGCAGCAGCAGCCAUAGUGAGGAUUGGUGCUGAGGCUACCGCAGUUCUUGAUCAUGUAAAGGCUAGUGCAAUACAGGCGUUGCAGAAGGUGUUUCCUCUUAGUCACAGGGAUCAGAGGGCAGGGCAUCAAGAAGAUGGUGACAUGAAUUACUCUGUUCCCAGUGUGGAAAGUGAAGAGCCUCUUGGAGAAUCAGAUCGAGGUGAUUCUGCCAAUUUAGCUGAGAUUUCUGGAAGCAAUGGCUCUGUUGAAAUCCAUGAAGAAGAAUUGAUUAUUGACAAAAUUAAAGAUUCAAGUGUGAAGAUCAUGUGUGCUGGUGUGGUCAUUGGACUAAUGACUUUGGUUGGCUUGAGGUAUUUACCAGCUAAGCAUGGUUCGUCUGUUUUACGUAAAGAAGUUGGUGCUGCAGCGGCAUCUGAUGUCAUCAGUGUAGGCCUAGAUGAUGAAAAAGCUGGAGAGGAAUUACCCAAAAUGGAUGCAAGGAUUGCAGAGGAUCUAGUUCGCAAAUGGCAAAAUAUUAAAUCUCAAGCCUUUGGACCAGAUCAUUACAUAGAAAGACUGCCAGAGGUUUUGGACGGAGAGAUGUUGAAGAUAUGGACAGAUCGUGCAUCUGAAAUUGCCCAGCUCGGUUGGUUCUAUGACUAUAAUCUGUUGAACCUCACUAUUGACAGCAUCACCGUCUCACUAGAUGGGUGGCGUGCUGUGGUGGAAGCAACCCUUGAAGAAUCAGCCCAUCUAACUGUUGUGGACCAUCCAGAGCAGAAUGCCUUCAACAGCAGAAUCUACACAACGAGAUACGAAAUGUCUAGUUCCAGGUCAGGAUGGAAAAUUACUGAAGGAGCUGUCCUCGAAUCAUAAUUAGUGUAUAUAGUAUUAUUUUUCUUUUUGGUGAUCACAUUGGUGGUAAUUUUGUUGCUGGUUAAGUUCUUAUUUAACUUCGCAUCUUUGAAGGUUUUGUGCCGCAUGUAGGGUUGGGUUGUUAAAGUUUAAGUAUGGCAUUUGUUGUUACUAUGA